UGGCUCUCAGAUCUAUGCGAGAAUUGGAGACAGUCCAGAAACCAGUGCGUGAAACAUGUCACAGAAUUUAGAAUAUAUUCUUCCUCCGGGGGAAGUCGAACUAUAUGUGAAAACACUAGAACCAACCUCAAUAGAGGAAUUGGGUACUAUGAGAUGGUUUGAAAAGCAUGACCGAUUGCAAAAACUUCACCAGCAGACAAUUUUUGAGACUGGGUCCUUAAGGGAAGAGAGUGUUAAGGAAGCUUUUGUAUCUUUGGCUAAGAUCCCUGUGCUGGUUCAAGAAGCAGUUUGUGUUUCCGUAUGGAGGGAAAAAAUUUUUCCUGCUCUUCUGGAAGUAAAUCCUCUUCCUAAAAAUACAUUCAUGCCCUAUAUGGUGUUAUAUCACGAAGUAACAGCAGUGGCUCAGUUGGAAACAGUAUUAUUCCAUCAAGAUUCUUGUGAAGCUUUAGAUGAUUCGUGUAUAGACUUAAUUGAUUACUGUGCUGUUUCCAUUAUCUCUUUGGCUUCCUUAACCGAUUACUCCUUGGAUACUACAACAGUAACUUCUAGAUCCACUAUAGAAGAAUUGCAAUACCAACAGAAGGAAUUGGCUUUCGAUAUUGCCAUCAGGAGCAUAACUAUUUUAAGUUACAUUGCCCAGGCUUUAGACAGGCUUCCAUUGCCAGCAACUACACGCAUAUAUAAUACCCACGAUGUUCCUAUGAUGUUCAAGAAUUUAUUGGAUUCUAUGCCAUGGAUUCGGCAUGAUGCAAAAGGGCACACACUCAAGUAUUUGGAAGGGAAAUGGAAAUUAUUAGAAGGAGAAGCUAAGAUGAAGUUAUCAAGAACAGAGGCUCAAAUCUGGCUGUGUCUCCGACAUUUGCUUUUAGAUCCCAAGUGUCUAACAUACUACGAAUUUAAUGACUACCGCAAAACACAACUCACAAAGUUGCAGGGCAGACUUCAUGACAUUGUAAUGGAUCAGGUCUCACCACUUGUUGAAUUAAAGCAAUGGUUGAGCACUUUGUCCAUUUCCACAAUGCCAUCUUCAGCAAAGCCUCCUAUUAUCAUUGAAAUGGUGCCACAGAUUAGACAAAACAUAUUGAGACAGAACAAAGGAAAGUGGACAAAAAUAAUUCAGCAACAAAUGGACGCCUUCUUUAAUAAAGAAGAUCAAAUGAUAGAAGUAGCCAACAGAUUGAAGGCAACCUUUGACUUGGACACACUGGAAGCUUUGGCUCCAGAUGCCCGGUCCUGUGUGGUUUGCGGAGAUCCAGCUCCAAAACGAUGUUCUCGAUGUAAAACAUACUGGUUUUGCGGCAGGGAAUGUCAGGUUAAAAACUGGACUACUCACAAACCAAUAUGUGACAAAAUUGUAAAUGCAGAAGCAAUUUAACUUUCAAAAA